AUGUUGCCCAAACAAGUCGCAUCUCGAUUAUCAGCAUCACAACACUCACUGCUGGCUCGGAAGCUUAGCAUGGCCUCUCAAUCAUCAUCGUCAUGGCUGUUACGAACAAGAGUGAAUGGUACAAGUCAGGUCAGCAGAGAUUAUCAUUCAAAAAUUUGCAAAAGCACCAAUUCCGUAAUUCUUAAUCAUAGCAUCACACAUGGCAAUAUUUUAAUGAUGGACAUAAAUAUCAGUAAUAUGAAAAAUUUAUCAAGCAAAUAUUGCAUCGGAACGAGAGAAUUUUCAACCUCAACAAUGGUUGCACAAAAUGAAGAAUCUAAUUUAGAAAAUAGAGAGCCAAGACUCAAGAUCUUGCUUGUUGAUGGAACUCCAUUGGUGGUGAGAGCAUAUCACGGGACGCCUCCCUUAAGCACAUCGAGUGGAAUACCAACAAAUGCUGUUUUAACCUAUGUAAAGAGUCUUGUUAAUAUUUUGCAAUCAGAUCACUACGACUGUGUGGGCGUGUUUUUUGAUUCUGGAAAACCCUCUAUUCGAAAAAGCAUUUCUCCAGAUUAUAAGGCAACCCGUAAACCCACCGACGAUCUUUUGAAAAAACAAUUUCCAAUUUGUAAAUUAAUUACUGAGAAAAUGGGUAUCAAAGUUAUAAGUAAGGAUGGCUUUGAGGCUGACGAUUUAAUUGCAACAAUGACUCGAGAAGCAAGAGAUUUAAAUUAUUCUGUAGUCAUUGUAUCAUCAGAUAAAGAUCUACAUUGCUUGGCAGAUGAACACACUGUGCUGCUAGAUCCAAUGACCAAAAAAAUCGUAACCAUGAAUGACAUUAUUGAAAAGUAUUCGUUACCACCAAAGCUCCUUCCAGACUAUUUGGCCCUUGUUGGAGACACAGCAGAUAAUAUUAAAGGUGUUAAGGGCAUUGGAAAGAAGAAAGCUGUUGGCUUGCUAGAACAGUUUAUAUCCAUUGAUGACAUUAUCAACAACAUUGACAAAAUUCCUGAAAAGAAAUCAAGAGAGGCUAUUUUAAAUCAUCUUGAUGAUCUCAAGCUUUCUCUUCAAUUAGUUCAGCUUGAUGAAAAUGUUUCAUUACCUUAUACCAAUCAUGAUUUCGUGAAACAACUCGAAGAAUUGGAAAUGAAUUCCGUUUUGAAGCUGAUACAAAAGAAAGCCAAAACUGAAUUGAUUGAUAAGAACACUAACAAUGUCGAAGCUACAACCGAACAAAAACCAAAAGGAAGAAAGAAACCAGUAAUAGAAACUGUUACCCUCAGCAGUACGAUGUCAUCGGCUGAUCUCGAGCUAGUUAAACAAAAUUACGCGGCGAGUGACAGCACUAUUGGAAAGAUAACAAAAGAAUGCGAGUACAAUAUCAUCCUCAAUGAGCAAGAGCUGGAGAAGCUUAUUAACGACAUCAAAUCAAGUGGGCAAGUUUCCUUCUCCACAGAAGUUUGCCUUUUGAGCAUGCACAACCCUGUGCUGGCUGGAAUGACCUUUUGUCUACAAAAAGGUGUUGCAUACUAUGUUCCUUUCUUUAAAAAUGGCAAAGUUGAGUUUAAGGAAUCGAUUGCACGACUCGCAGAAAAUUCAAUGAUGCAAAAAAUUAAAUCAGAAAUCAUGGAAAAUAGUAAUAUUCUGAAAAUUGGCCAUGAUAUCAAACGUCAUAUUAAGGCUCUUGCGCACUAUGGCGUUUCUAUCAACAACUUUGACGACAUUAUGGUCAUGUCAUAUGUUUUAAAUUGUGGAAAACAUGGGCACGAGAUGGAUGAGCUUGUAGAAAAUGUAUUAGGAAUGAACCCUAAAGAAUAUUUAAUUCCAGAAAAAGAAGUAUUGGGAAUUGGUAAAAAGAAAGUGACUCUGCUAGAAGCUGACAUUGUUGCUGUGGUUCAUUAUGCAUGUCAACAUUCAGAUAUCACGCAACAAAUUUAUGAUCUUUUAAAGCCAGAAUUACAAAAACUUCCAAAACUUACUCAUCUUUAUGAAACUAUUGAACGUCCAUUGGUGGAGACUCUUGCUGCAAUUGAAAUGAAAGGAGUGUUUAUGGAUCAAGAAGCUCUCGAUAGAAUGGAAGAAGAAUACAAGGAAAAAAUUAAGGAGGUUGGAAACAAAAUUAGGGAAGCUGCCGGUUUUGCAGCUAUCGACCAUAUUGAAAUCACUACAGAAGAAGAAGUUGCAGAAAUACUGUCCAAUAUUGAAGAAAAUGAAGAAUUCAACAUUAAUUCUAACAGACAAUUAGGUCAAGUGAUAUUUGAAAAGCUCGGAAUUGGAGGUAAACACAAAAAGAAGACCAAACUUGGUGACUACAUUUUAAACGCUGAAGUUUUAGAAAAGCUUGCAGAUGAGGGCCAUGCUAUUGCUAAAUAUAUUCUCGAGUAUAGAGCUCUCACCAAAUUAUACAGCACAUAUAUACAUGGUCUUAAGCAGCAUAUCAAUCCAUAUACAAAAAGAAUUCACACAACCUUUCAAAAUGCUCUCACAGUUACAGGAAGACUCAGCUCUGUAAUGCCCAACAUUCAAAACAUUCCUGUGAAAACAAAAGAAGGAAAACAAAUUCGGAGAUGCUUCAUCGCACCUUCUGACGAGUACGUCAUUAUGAAAGUCGAUUACUCACAAGUAGAGUUGAGAAUUUUGGCCCAUCUUGCUAGAAUUGACGUAUUGAAAGAAGCCUUUAAAAACGGUGCUGAUGUGCAUGCUAUUACUGCAAGUCAGGUUUUCAAAGUACCUCUCGAUAAGGUUGACAAAGCUACAAGAAAUAAGGCAAAGGCCAUUAACUUUGGUAUCAUUUAUGGAAUGAGUGAGUUUGGACUCUCUAAACGAAUUGGUGUUGACACACAAACGGCAAAAGCAUUUAUUGAACAAUACUUUCAACAAUACCCUGGAAUUAAGAGCUACAUGGAGAACACCAAAGACUUUUGCAGAAAAAGAGGUUUUGUGAAUACCUUGUUCCACAGAAGAUGUUGGAUUCCUGGUAUCAAUGAUAUUGGUUCAAAAUCAGGAUUUGCAGAACGUACAAGCAUUAACACACCAAUUCAGGGAACCUCGGCAGACGUUACAAAAAUUGCAAUGAACAGUUUACAUAAGGCCUUUUUGGAAAAGGGACUUCGAACAAGAAUGAUCAUUCAAGUGCAUGAUGAAAUUGUUUUUGAGGUACCGAAGGAUGAAGUGGAAAUUGUGAAACCAAUCAUUGUCGAGUUGAUGGAAGGAGCUCCUAAUUUCAAUGGAACGUGGUUCUCUGUUCCGCUAACUGUGGAAGUGUCUGUUGAUAGCAAGUGGCUGGCAGAUGAAUAA